AACGUCGCGCAAGAUUUGUUGCAAUGGCUUUCGUCUUUAGAGUAGCAAUGCAAUUUGUUGGACUUUUAUUAUCUUUGCUGGGAUGGGUUUUAUCCAUUAUUACAACUUAUCUGCCACAUUGGAAAAACCUCAACCUGGACUUAAAUGAAAUGGAAAACUGGACCAUGGGACUCUGGCAAACCUGCGUCAUCCAAGAGGAAGUGGGGAGGCAAUGCAAGGACUUUGAUUCUUUCCUGGCUCUGCCUGCCGAGCUCAGAAUCUCCAGGAUUUUAAUGUUUCUGUCAAAUGGGCUCGGAUUUCUGGGCCUGUUGGUCUCUGGGUUUGGGCUGGACUGCUUGAGAAUUGGAGAGAGACAGCAAGAGCUCAAGAAACGACUGUUAAUCCUGGGAGGAAUUCUCUUCUGGACAGCAGGCAUCGCAGCCCUUGUUCCAGUGUCCUGGGUCGCCCACAGGACAGUCCAGGAGUUCUGGGAUGAGACCAUCCCAGAGAUCGUGCCCAGGUGGGAGUUUGGGGAAGCACUCUUCAUCGGCUGGUUUGCUGGGUUUUCUCUCCUCCUAGGAGGGUGUCUGCUAAACUGUGCGGCCUGCUCCACCCAAGCUCCUCUAGCUUCUGGCCACUACGCAGUGGCAGAAACACAGUGUCCAUGCCUGGAAAAUGCAACUGCAGGUCCUAAAGUGUGACUUGGACAAGAUCAGAGGGACUUAUUUUCUGCAUCAAAUGUACAUGAGAAAAGGGUCUUUGUUAUGUA